GGACAAAAAGGUUGAAUCUAAGCGUUGCUGGACAUCAUCAUCAUCAUCUACACACAAACCUGUGAUAAGUAUUUGUCAAGAAAUAAAAAAGAAGCCUUUAAACACAUAUUGGAUUAUAAAAAUGACACCAGAUGAAGAGUCUCUUCUUGAAUCACAGUGGACAGAAAUUCAAAAGCCACACAGUAGGACAUCGUCAAGACAAAAACAUGAGCAUAUUAUUCGUUACCGACGUUGGCUUGCAUUUUUAAUUGCCUUUGGAAUUCUGUUAACAUUGAUACUUUUGUUGGCUGCUUCAUACUUUAUGCAUGUAUAUUCAAACGAAAAUCCUCAAAAAGACUUUCCUGAUUCAGCAAAUCCAAUCUGUUUACUACCUAUACUGACGGGAGUUGACUGUCAAGUUCACACACAACAUUGGGGUUGGGAUUCACAAACACACAGUUGUAAACAAUUCAUCUAUGGAGAAUGUAAUACUAACAAGAAUAACUUUUUAUCAAAAGAAAAAUGUGAAGAAGCGUGUAAAAUUCGAAUUAAUGUAUAAGAAAAGGCGGAGAGGGUAUAUAUAUAUAUGUGUGUGUGUGUGUGUUGGGGGGGGGGGGGAGCAAUUGUGAGUACACCACUCACUCACUCACCCACUCAUUAUUAAACUUCAAUGCCUGCCUUUGCAUCUAUCCACAUCAUUGCAUGAAAAGCUUUUAUCUCUUUUCCUAUCUUGUUUAUUCCCUCUUUUUUACUGUUUAUGUUUAUCUCAUAAUAUUACUGACUAACAUUAAAACUUUUAAAAAAAGAAUAGAAUUUAGCCGAAACUAGUUUUCUGGUGUUUCAACAAUCCCACAUCUAAAUUUUUAAUAACUUUAUAUUAUUAUUAUUAAUUACUGAAUAAUUGCAAGACCCUAUGCUAUAUGCUCACGGAUCAUUGAACUAUUUAAUCUUUUAUACGCCAAAGAGUUGUUUUUUGUUCUUUUAAAUUGUCUAUUCUCAACUUUGCUCCCAUUUUUUUAAACCAAAAUGAUGACACACACAUAUAAUGUAAUUAGGUAUAUUUCGUUUCGAUCAUUGGCUUUAAGUUCAUCAGUGUUUAACACUCGUGCGUUUUACGGAGUCAUUAAAAAUGGGAUUCUAUCCAGUUAUAAGAUGGUAGAAUAUAUACGUUCUUAUUUCUGAGUCAGUCAGUUUGAGAACAUAAACCACAAUGCCUCUGUGUGUCUGUGCAAGAGGUAAGGUGACACCUGAGUGAGUGAGUGAGUGAAUAAAUGUCGAACACUAGUGAACUAACUUGAAGUCAUGAUAGAAAUGAAAUAAAAUGUUCUAACACACCUUCCUUUUAUGACAUAUCUCAUUCUCUCCCGCUCGUUCGAUCUCAUUGGUUUCAAAUUCGUGUACAAACGAGAAAUCAGAGCACCACAUGAGUAUGUGUGUGUGUGUGAAGGCUCAGAAAUGUAGACAGCUUUUUACAUGCAUCAUAUUAUAAAGGAUCUGACUUUUUAUUGCUUUUGUAUUCAUUAUUGAAAUGUUUCAUUUAUUUAUUUCCUUUUUUUAUUGUUCGAAUUCUUUUAUUCAUGAUUGAAAGAAUGCUUCGAUAUAAUAUUAAAAGUCUUUCUUUUUUAAUAAAAAAAAAUAAUAAAAUCUUCAAUAACGAUG